AAUCAUUCACAAUAAGUACCUAGUAGUCAUUUUUAUUUGAAUCUAAAAAUAAAUAGAAAAACAAAAUGAAAAGUUUUGUAGCGCUUUUCUUUGUCCUAUCAACAGUUUACGCCAGAUCUUUAUUGAGCAAUCAACUGGCGAAGAACCAUCAUAAAUAUGGAUAUGGACACGGACUGAAACGCUGUGUCAACAUGUGGGACGAAGGUUGCAUCAACGGACAGCUAGGCGGUUCAGGCAGCGAUGAUUACUACCUCGGGGGCAGCUUCAACCCCGGCAAGCGCUGCGUGAACAUGUGGGACGAGGGUUGCAUCAACGACCAACUCGGCGGAGCAGGCAAGGACGAUUACUACCUCGGGGGCAGCUUCAAUCCCGGCAAGCGCUGCGUCAAUAUGUGGGACGAAGGGUGCAUCAAUGGCCAGCUCGGCGGAUCAGGCGGCGAUGACUAUUACCUGAACGGUGGAUUCACUCCAGGACGCAUGUAAUCGAAACUCCAAAUUGUUUCAAGUUCCCACCGUCUUCCAUUCAUGCAGUGCAGUUUUACGUUUUGCGGUGUUUAUUAUGUUGUGUUGCAUUUAUUUUCAUUGGCAUCUGUAGUGGAAAUAAAUAAAUAAAAUAAGCUGUAUUUUUCAUUA